UCUGAGCUUCCCUGUAUUGGAAAUCUUUCAAUCUCUCGAGGCUCGACGUCUCCACGGCCUCUCCGGUUUCUCCAUCUUUGGGCCUCGUCUUUCCCAUCUCCGUCCAGCUUCGCUCUUUGGAGGAGUCGGCCCGAAAUGGAGGAUCGAUCGGUGCUGAUAGAAGACGCCGAACCCGAGCAAGUCUCCGAAUCUUUCACUUGCUGCGUUUGCCUGGACCUUCUUUACAAGCCAGUUGUAUUAUCCUGUGGCCAUAUGUCCUGUUUCUGGUGUGUGCAUCAAUCAAUGAAUGGUUUUCGCGAAUCCCAAUGUCCACUUUGUUGGUGGCCGUACCUUCACUUUCCCAGCAUCUGUCUGUUACUUCACUUUUUGUUGCUUAAGAUGUAUCCUGACUCCUAUAAGAGAAGGGAAAAACAAAUAUUAGAGGAAGAAAAGAGAAUGGGAACUUUCUCUCCGCAGUUUGAUGCUCUUGCAUGGAGAUCAGGUGAUGAGGAAGAACAAAAAUUUUCUGGUUCUUCAAAAUCACACGUGACAUGGUCGGGCCCUAACUCAUUUGUGGACACUGGGACUUCUAGAAAUGGUGAACCCCGUGCAAGUAAGGUGCAAUCAGAGCCUGUUCCAAGUAUUGAUGGCAACGGUCCAAGCAGUCUCGAACAAGGCUUGAAACAAAAACAUGAGAUACCUGUUGAAGAGGAGAAUGGGCAUCCAGUUGGCUCAGACAAAAGCUGCAAGCAGAUUACAGUAUCGGAUGUGCUCUGCGCAGAAUGCCAGCAAUUGCUUUUUCGUCCUGUUGCUCUUAAUUGCGGCCAUGUAUAUUGUGAAUCUUGCAUUGUGAAUCCAGCUGAUGAAAAGAUCAAAUGUCAAGUUUGUCAAAGCCGACAUCCAGGGGAGUUAUUAGAAGUUUGUCCGGAGCUGGAUCACUUUUUGGAGCAACAGUUUCCUGAAGAAUAUGCUUUGAGGAGAUUAUCUGCACGGCCUAGACCGAGUGUCUCAAGGAAUGAUAGCCCAAAAUGUCGUAAUAGCGGUGGUGAUAAAGAACAAAAUAAUUCAUCAAGGUCAACUGAUACUGCAAUGACCCAUAGGGGAGUUGGCUGCGAUUACUGUGGGAUGUAUCCAAUAAUCGGGGAUAGAUACCGGUGUCAGGAUUGUGUUGAGAAGAUUGGCUUUGAUCUUUGUGGAGAUUGCUACAAUUCCCGUUGCAAGCUCCCCGGCCGUUUCAACCAACAACAUCGACCAGAGCACAAGUUCAAACUAGUAAAGCCGAGUACCUUGCAAAACUAUAUGUUGAGGUUGGCAACGGUGGCCGAUGGCUCCACUGCUCUCGUCCUAUCUGAUGAUGGUUUGGAAGAUGGAGUCACAUUGACCGCUCCCACUUCACCGAGAGAUGGUCAGGAAGAUGACGAGAACAGAAUGCCGAUUACCUUUGUUCUUGAACGUGACGCGGGCUCAGAACAUCAGAACGAUUCCCAGUCUAACUUCAAUUGAAGCCCGUUUUGAGAACUCCAAUGACCAAUGCCGGUGAGUGCUUUCUGGAUGGAUAUCGCGCUUGAGUGAAGCAAAGUGAAUUGGUGAUGAAGAUGACGAUGAUAGCGGCUUGAGCUUCCUAAACUUGAUUGUACCUUUUGACAAAUUUUAGAAUUUGAUUGCAAUAAGUUUGAGAAGUUCUAGUGCACUUAUUUCAAAAUAGAAUGAAUUAUUGUUAUAUUAAA